AUGAAGACAUUUGAGAGGCUGGUUCUCCAGCACCUGAGGACCCUGCUCACUGCUUUCCAGGAUCCGUUGCAGUUUGCAUAUCAGAGGCACAUUGGUGUGGAGGAUGCUAUCAUCUUCCUGACCCACAAAGCCCUGUCACACCUGGAGACGAAGGGAAGCACUGUGAGAGUCAUGUUCUUUGACUUCUCCAGUGCUUUCAAUACCAUCCAGCCCUGCCUCCUGAGGGACAAACUGCUGGAUAUGCAGCUGCGCCCUGACAUCUCAGCCUGGAUCUUCAACGACCUCAUGGGCCGGCCACAGUAUGUCAGAGUGGACAGCUGUGUCUCUGAUGUAGUGACGGGCAACACAGGAGUACCUCAAGGAACUGUUCUGGCGCCUUUUCUCUUCACUCUCUUCACAUCAGACUUCAGGUUUAACUCUGGUUCCUGCCACCUCCAAAAGUUUUCCGAUGACUCCUCCAUUGUUGGGUGCAUCACUGAUGACGACGAGAAGGAGUACAGAGGACUGUUAAAGAGCUUCAUGGAGCCAGAACGCUGCUUUGAGUCCAGAAACACUUCAUGUUUGAAGUCAAGUUAUCCCAUACCCCUAUGUGUUACCCUCUACAUCAUUUUAGGGGUCAUAAUCAUCCUAACAGUGUGUGGAAACCUUUUGGUCACUUUCUCAGUGGCUUAUUUUAAGCAGCUCCAUACUCCAACAAAUUACCUGAUUUUGUCUCUGGCUAUGUCUGACCUGCUUUCAGGGAUAAUAGUCAUGUUCCCUUUUAUGAUUCAAACAAUUGAGUCUUGUUGGUAUUUUGGCGACUUCUUCUGUAAUGUCUACAUGAGUUCUGCUUUCACGCUGUGUACAGCAUCAAUUAUCACUCUUUCCUUCAUAUCAGUUGACCGAUACUACGCUGUUUGCCAACCUCUGCUUUACAGAAGAAAAAUAUCAGUGAAUGUUGUUUUGAUCAUGAUCCUGAUCUGUUGGAGUUUUUCAGUUAUUUUAGGUUUUGGAAUUAUUUUUCUGAAGUUAAAUAUUUUGGGUGUUGAAGAGUUUUAUUAUAACCAUGUUGUAUGUGAAGGAGGAUGUGUUAUGUUUAUGAGUGGAGUGUCUAUUACUGUCUUCUCAGUGAUUUCUUUUUACUUGCCCGGAAUAAUAAUGCUCUGUGUUUACCUUAAGAUUUUCCUUGUGGCACGGAAACAGUUUCGCAGCAUACAAAAUGCAGGAUGUGUGAACUCAGUAAAAAAGUCGAACACAAGCCAGACAAAAGCCACUAAAACCCUGGCUAUUGUAAUGGGGGUUUUUCUGUGCUUUACGACUCCAUUUUUUGUUUUUAACAUAAUCAAUCCUUUUAUUAGUUACUCAAAACCACCAAAAUUUACUGUAACACUUACAUGGUUGGCAUACUUGAAUUCUGCUGUGAACCCUAUGAUAUAUGCAUUCUUUUAUAGUUGGUUCAGAAAGGCUUUUAAAUUAUUAACCUCAGGUAACAUCUUUAUAUAUGGCAUUUCUGAGACAACACUUUUCACUGAAUAA